GUGACCAGACAAAGAGCCCCCCAGGGCAGGAUGAGCCUGACUUUGAGCCCUUCCCCCUCAUCGACCUGGAAGAGGAGGAUUACUUAGAUGUUAUCCCACCCUCCCCUGAAGAGGAGCUGCCCUCCAUCUCUCCAUCUCUGAAAAGCAUCAGUUAUGUUUGCAGAGAAUCUCCUGCUGGUGUCAGAGCCACAGCCAGCAGUGUGGAGCCCCUGCCUGAGGAGGUGGCCCCAGCACAGCCCAUUGCUGCACCUGAUCCUGCUGCAGAGGAUGCAGGUGUGGGCUUGCAGGUGGACCAGCAGCUCUUCAGCAUCAUGACUGGGAUCUGUGAGCUGGUGGAUGCCAUCCCUCUCCAGGAGCUGAAGUCCCUGUCCUGUGCCAAGGAGCUUCUCCAGCAGAGGGACCUCAGGAGAAAGCUGCUGGCUCAUUCUGUCCCUAGGAACAAAAGCAGCAUAAACAACAUUUCUAGAGCCUGGAAGGAGUGUGUGGAGCAGGGCCCUCCUGCACCUCCUGCUCUGAGCUCUGCCCCCAGCAGGAGCUUCACCUCCCCCAGACCCACAGACCUCACGGGGAUGCUUUCAGGGACUGCUCAUUCCAAGAGUUUUUCUACCCCAAAAAACCAAACCCUGGGGAGCUCUUACACUUCCCAGCAAAGCAUUGAGGAGAUUACCUGCUCAGGAACUGCAGGGCUGUGUUCUCCCCAGGGGAGCAGCCUCAGCCUCUGCUCAGAGCUGCCCUUGGACAGCAGCUGGGGUGGAAAACCUGGGAUGAGGAGUGGAGGGAACCAGCAUCUGCUGGAGAGGCCCCUUACCAGCACAGCUCUGAGGGGACAGAGCAAAGCUCCUGCUGAAGACACUGUAACCAUAAGCAGUGCAGACUUGGACCUUGAUCACUUUGAUAUUGAUGAUUUUGAUGAGGACUGGGAGAAUUCAACCUAUCAGCCCAUCAGGGAAGGGCCCCCUGCCAAAUCACUGUCAUCAAAGAUCAUGUCCAGAGCCAAAGGAUCUGCUGCUGUGUCCAGCCCUGCUGCUCCAAAACCAAGCUGCCCCAUGGCAACAAAGAACCACUCAGCCCUGCCUGUUGAUAACCCUGCCCUGGAGCCUUUCAGGGGUUUGAAGUUUCCCCACUCAGCAGAGAUGAUGAAGACCUUUCACAAGAAGUUUGGUUUGCACUCCUUCAGGACCAACCAGCUGGAGGCCAUCAAUGCUGCCCUGCUGGGUGAGGACUGCUUCAUCCUGAUGCCCACUGGGGGUGGUAAGAGCUUGUGCUACCAGCUACCAGCCUGUGUCUCUGCUGGAGUCACUAUUGUUAUCUCACCUCUGAGGUCGCUGAUAAUAGAUCAGGUGCAGAAACUGAAGACUCUAGAUAUUGCUGCAACAUAUCUGACUGGUGACAGAACAGAUGCUGAUGCUUCAAAAAUUUAUAUGCAACUGUCAAAGAAAGACCCUGUCAUCAAGCUUCUGUAUGUUACCCCUGAGAAGGUGUGUGCCAGCGGCCGCCUGAUGUCUGCCCUGGAAAACCUCUACGACAGGAAGCUCCUGGAGCGCUUUGUCAUCGAUGAGGCUCACUGUGUCAGCCAGUGGGGUCACGAUUUCCGCCAGGACUACAAGAGGCUCAACGUGCUGCGCAGGAGGUUCCGCUCCGUGCCCAUGAUGGCCCUGACUGCCACUGCCAACCCCAGGGUGCAGAAGGACAUCCAGAACCAGCUGGAGAUGCUAAAGCCACAAGUGUUCACAAUGAGCUUCAACAGACAUAACUUGAAAUAUGAUGUAUUGCCCAAGAAGCCAAAGAAGGUGGCAAUGGAUUGCUUGGAAUGGAUUAAAAAACAUCAUCCACAUGACUCUGGGAUAAUUUAUUGCCUUUCACGCCAUGAAUGUGACACAACAGCAGCUAUUCUGCAGAAGGAAGGUCUGGCUGCUCUUGCCUAUCAUGCUGGUCUCACUGAUGCCAACAGAGAUCUUGUACAGAAGAAGUGGGUUAAUCAAGAAGGAUGCCAGGUUAUAUGUGCCACCAUAGCCUUUGGGAUGGGCAUCGACAAGCCCGACGUGCGCUACGUUAUCCACGCCUCCCUGCCCAAGUCCAUAGAAGGUUACUACCAGGAGUCUGGCAGAGCUGGGAGAGAUGGUGAAAUGUCCCACUGUGUGCUCUUCUACAGCUACAGUGAUGUGACCAGGCUGAGGAGGCUGAUCCUGAUGGAGAAAGAUGGGAACAGUCACACAAGACAGACCCACUUUAACAACCUGUACAGUAUGGUUCACUACUGUGAGAAUGUAGUGGAUUGCAGGAGAAUUCAGCUUCUGGCCUACUUUGGGGAGAUGAAUUUCAAUCCCACCUUCUGUAAAGACCACCCAGAAGUAAUCUGUGAUAACUGUAGCAGAACAAAGGAUUACAAAUCAAGAAAUGUGACGGAUGAAGUGAAGAGUAUUGUGAGAUUUGUGCAGGAGCACUGUGGACAAAUGGGACAAGCAAAGAGAAAUGCAGGUUCUGGAAGAUACACCUUGAACAUGAUGGUGGACAUUUUCUUAGGUUCAAAGAGUGCAAAGAUUCAGUCUGGAAUAUUUGGGAAGGGAGCUGCCUACUCCAGGCAUAAUGCUGAAAGGCUGUUCAGAAAACUGGUCUUGGACAAGGUUCUGGAUGAGGACUUGUACAUCACAGCCAAUGACCAGGCAGUGGCAUAUGUCAUUCCAGGAGAGAAAGCUCAGGCUGUGCUCAGUGGAUCACUACAGGUGGAGUUUAAUGAAACAGAAAGUGCCAGUGCCAUCAGAAAGCAAAGGGCUUCCGUGGCAAAAAUGUCCCAGAGGGAAGAGAUGGUUAAAAAGUGCCUUGGGGAACUUACAGACACGUGCAAAAUGCUUGGGAAAGUCUUUGAUGUGCAUUAUUUCAAUAUCUUCAGCACUUCAACUCUAAAGAAAAUAGCAGAAACUUUGUCAUCUGAUGUGGAGGUUUUGCUGCAGAUUGAUGGUGUCACAGAGGACAAACUGGAAAAAUAUGGUGCAGAAAUAAUUAAAGUGAUGGACAAGUACUCUGAAUGGACCACCCCAGACCCUGCCUGCCAAAGUGGGGACACUGCCACGGGAAGCACUGGCACCCCUGAGAGUGAUGAAGAAACAGAAGAUGUAAUUACAACCUCAAGCUAUUUUUGCAACAAUCCAAACCAGAGAAGGAAAAGGAAAAGGCCACCAAACUUCAGGGAAUCAAGGAGGAAAAAGGCAAGCAAUGGUGGCAGCCAGCAGUUUCAUCCCAAAGGUGGUUACAACAAGUCCAGAAGGACCAAAGGGCAGUGGAGCUCAAAGGCUCCAGCUUCAUCUGGCUCCCACUCAGCAUCCUACAGUGUCAGUGCCUCGCAAGGAGCUGCUGGAAAGCUGGGGAUUAUGGCACCACCGAAACCCAAAAGCAGGCAGUUCCUUCAGCCUUCAUAUUCAAUAUUGUGACUAGGAAAAUGUAAAUACUGUAUCAUAGCGAGCCCUGAAGAUGUAAUCAUUGUUUAUUAAAUUUUUAUUUCAUUUGCUAAACCUUCCAAGACUUGUACAUUUGUCAAGUA